AAAAAUCCCUUCUUUUUUUUUCCCUAGCAAGAAUUUGACAGGAGAUAGGUGGAUUCCAAAAGAAAAUGGCUGAAGGUCAGUAGCACUAGACUCAACUCCAUAAGCUAAGCAAAAGGUUAGGGUUACGGUGUCGACUACUCCAACAACAAUGUUCGGAGGUCAGACUUCUUCCUCCGCCUUCGGCACUCCCUCUUCCACUCCAGCAUUAUUUGGUACUCCGUCCAAUUCAACCCCAGCUUUCGGCACGCCGUCAACUUCCUCUUUCAGCACUGGCUUUGGAUCCUCACUAUUUUCAACACCAUUCUCACAACAGCAACAACAACAAACUUCCUUAUUUCAAACACCCCAGAGUUCGGCUUCUCCCUUCAGCUUUUCCACACCACCCGUUGCUUCAUUUGGUCAACAACCUAAUUUCGCUAAUAAUGCUCAAUUAACUACUCAGAUGGCUCCUGUUGCUCCCCUCCCUUUCUCUCUCGCUGAUAGGGAUUUACAGGCAAUUGUUGAUGCGUACAAGGAGGAGCUCGGGAACACUAAGUAUGCUUUCAAGCAUCUUUUGUUCAGUGUAACGGAACCUCAAUAUAGGACAAAGCAUGCUGGUGUAUCUGAUAUUAUGUGGGCAGAGGCAAUGGGCAAACUUGAAGGCAUGGAGAGUACUGAUCGUGAGCGCUUGUGGCCUCAGCUUGUUCACGGCUUCAAGGAUCUCUCCGA